AUGCUUUGUGUAUUUUCUGCUAUAAGAUACGUUACCGAAGCGAAUACCGUCACUGCUAAUAGUUCUAACUUUACUUCCGUUACAAAUGGAAUAAUUGCAUAUAAUGGACCUGCAAAUAACAAUCCUAUAUUUAUUAGUUUUACUUCGUUUGAUAAACAAAUGGAUUCAGGUUAUGUAUAUUUUAUUAAUGGAAAAUUUGUAUGGAAUAAAAAGCCAAAUAACGGUCCUCAAGAACUUCAGGAAGUGUUUGUCAACAGGGAACUUUAUAAAAUAGAUCAAGAUUAA